GGAGCAGAGGACAUCAGCCAGCAGGGCUGGGGAACUGCUUUGGGAACACGCUUGGUCCCCACCUGAAAGGUGCUGGAGUAGGGUCGGUGCCUUGGAUGGUGAGCAGGAGGCGGCCCCACCAUGAGUUACUGGAGUCUGGAUAAGAAGAGCUGUCUGCAGUACUGCAGGCACUUCCUAGCGGACAACGGCGUGUUCCACGUUGAAAGAUGCAUGAGUGUCAUGCAGUCUGGGACUCAGAUGGUUAAGCUGAAGAGUGGAACCAAAGGGCUGGUCCGGCUCUUCUACCUGGACGAGCACAGGACCUGCAUCCGAUGGAGACCCUCCAGGAAGAGCGAGAAGGCAAAAAUUGUCAUCGAUUCCAUUUACAAAGUCACCGAGGGCCGGCAGUCGGAAAUCUUCCACCGCCACGCCGAGGGCAGCUUUGACCCCAGCUGCUGCUUCACCAUUUACCAUGGCAACCACCUGGAGUCCCUGGACCUGAUCACCUCCAACCCCGAGGAGGCUCGCACCUGGAUCACGGGGCUCAAGUAUUUGAUGGCUGGCAUAAGCGACGAGGACUCGCUCGCCAAGCGCCAGAGGACACACGACCACUGGGUCAAGCAGACCUUUGAGGAGGCCGACAAGAACGGGGACGGGCUGCUGAACAUCGAGGAGAUCCACCAGCUCAUGCACAAGCUCAACGUCAACCUGCCCCGCAGGAAGGUCCGCCAGAUGUUCCAGGAAGCAGACACGGAUGAGAACCAAGGAACCCUGAACUUUGAAGAGUUUUCGGUGUUUUACAAGAUGAUGUCCUUACGUCGGGACCUCUACUUGCUGCUCUUAAGCUACAGUGACAAGAAGGAUCAUCUCACUGCUGAGGAACUGGCUCAGUUCCUGAAGGUGGAACAAAAGAUGAAUAAUGUGACACCAGAAUAUUGUUUGGACAUCAUACAGAAGUUUGAAGUGUCAGAAGAAAACAAGAAGCAAAAUGUUCUUGGGAUUGAAGGCUUCACCAACUUCAUGCGCAGCCCCGCCUGCGACGUGUUCAACCCCCUGCACUGCCAGGUGCACCAGGACAUGGAGCAGCCCCUCUGCAACUACUUCAUCGCCUCGUCCCACAACACCUACCUGAGCGGGGACCAGCUGCUGUCCCAGUCGCGCGUGGACAUGUACGCGCGGGUGCUGCAGGGCGGCUGCCGCUGCGUCGAGGUGGAUUGCUGGGAUGGUCCUGACGGGGAGCCAGUGGUGCACCAUGGCUACACUCUGACUUCCAAAAUCCUGUUCCGGGACGUGGCCGAAACCAUCAACAAAUACGCCUUUGUCAAGAACGAGUUUCCAGUGAUCCUGUCCAUUGAGAACCACUGCAGUAUUCAGCAGCAAAAGAAGAUUGCUCAGUACUUGAAGGAGAUAUUUGGUGACAAACUGGACUUGUCAUCUGUGAGCACUGGAGAUCCCAGGCAGCUUCCCAGCCCUCAGAGUCUGAAAGGGAAAAUCCUGGUGAAGGGGAAGAAGUUGCCCUGCAGCCUGGGAGCAGAUGCUGAGGAAGGAGAAGUUUCAGAAGAGGACAGUGCUGAUGAAAUUGAGGACGACUGCAAGUUAAAGGCCUGCUAUAGUAAUGGUGCAACUGAGCACCAGGUGGAAUCUUUUAUAAGGACAAAACUGGAAUCCCUGUUAAAAGAAUCCCAAAUCAGGGACAAGGAAGAUCCCGACAGCUUCACUGUGAGGGCCCUGCUGAGGGCAACGCACCAGAGUUUCAACGUUAACCUGAAGCAGAACCUGGACUCAAAAGAGGGUGGAAAAAAGUCUCACGGUCGAUCAUUGAUGGGCAACUUUGGUAAACACAAGAAAGCUGCCAGGGCAGCAGCCAAACAACACCCCAGUGCAUCGGAUGAGGACGAGAGCCAGCAGAACCCCCCGGGGAGGGACCCAGGGCAUCCCCACAGACUGGCCCGCCGGAGGAAGACGGUGAAGCUGUGCCGGGCUCUGUCUGACCUCGUGGUUUACACCAACUCUGUGGCUGCCCAGGACAUCGUGGAUGAUGGCUCGACGGGGAACGUGCUGUCCUUCAGUGAGACCAGAGCCCACCAGGCCGUGCAGCAGAAGGCUGAGCAGUUCAUGCUCUACAACCAGAAGCAGCUGACCAGGGUCUACCCCUCAGCAUACCGGAUCGACUCCAGCAACUUCAACCCCGUCCCCUACUGGAACGUCGGGUGCCAGCUGGUGGCCCUGAACUACCAGUCUGAGGGACGUGUGAUGCAGCUAAAUGAAGCAAAAUUCAGGGUAAAUGGCAACUGUGGCUAUGUCCUCAAACCUCAGCAGAUGUGCAAAGGCACAUUCAACCCCUACUCUGCUGAUCCACUUCCUGCCAGUCCUAAAAAGCAGCUUAUUCUGAAAAUCAUCAGUGGGCAGCAGCUCCCCAAACCUCCUGACUCGAUGUUAGGGGACCGAGGAGAGAUAAUAGAUCCCUUUGUUGAGGUGGAAAUCAUUGGGAUACCUGUUGACUGCUGUAAAGAUCAGACCAGGGUGGUGGACGACAAUGGGUUCAAUCCAGUGUGGGAGGAAACUCUCACCUUCACCAUCCACAUGCCCGAAAUAGCCUUGGUGCGGUUCCUGGUCUGGGACCACGAUCCCAUCGGGAGGGACUUUGUGGGGCAGAGAACUGUGGCCUUCAGCAGCCUCAUGCCUGGCUAUCGCCACGUGUAUUUAGAAGGACUGACAGAAGCAUCCAUAUUUGUUCAUAUAAUCAUUAAUGAGACCUAUGGAAAGUGGAGCCCUUUAAUCCUCAACCCCAGUUACACAAUAUUGCACUUUCUAGGAGCCACCAAGAGCAAGCAGCUGAUGGGGCUGCGGGGGCUGUUCAACAAGAGCCCCAAGCAGGGCUGUGCCGAGCCCAGCGGGAGCUACGUCCGCAACAAGAGGUCCCUGGGCGAGCGGCUGCUGCGGCGCACGGCCAGCGCCCCGGCCAAGGGCAGGAAGAAGAGCAAGAUGGGCUUCCUGGAGGCUGCUGAGAUGAAGGACAGUGCAUCUGAGCCCGCAGACCUGAAGGACAAGGAGGGGGUGGUUCGGCGGCCCAAGCGCAGCCUGCAGCAGGCGCGCCCCGCGUCCAUGCCCGUCGACAAGUACCUGCUGGUGGGACUGCCCUGCCCCGCCCAGGACACCGCCCAGGAGACCAGCGGGAAAGAAAACACCUCUGGCGACAGUGAUGACAAUACCAACGAGAAGGAAACAAACUUGAAAGAAUCUGGUUUUCUGUGUUUGGAGCAAACAGCAAACACUUCAAAUUUGGGAUCUCGAUUCAAGGAGAAUGGCCAGAAGGAUUCUACAGCUGACUCUUUGCUACCACCUCCUCAGGAGCAACCUGAACACUUAGUUUCUGCAAGCGGUGUAACUGAAACAAAUCACCUCUUGGACUGUCAGGAAAAGAAUCUUUCCGAUGAAACUGUCCCACCAGCGCAGGACUCUGACUCUGGACCUUGCACAGAGAAACCACACGACAAAAACUGUGCAGACAGUAAAAAGGAAGAUGACACAAAGGGAUCUGAGGAGGGCAAAGUCACUCUGGUGGGGACUUCUCUUUGUCAAAAGGCAGAUAUGGAGAAUCACAAAUACGACCUCAAGAAAAGCACUGCAGCACCUCCUUCUCUGCCUGACAUUCCUUCUCCCCCUGGCUCUGACAGCCCUGACUUGCACUCCACGCUGGCCCUGCAGGACAGUGACAUUUCUCGCCUCAUAGAUGAGGUUUCUCUGGCUGCUGAGAGCGAGCUGGACAGCGCUGUGUCUGCUCUCAUCGGGCAGGUGGAUGUCACAGGGGACCAAACCCAGCUCACCGCUGUCUCAAACCAUGACAGCAGCAGCCAGCCCUUCAGUGUGGGGGCUGCACACCCACAGGGCUUUACUGUAGGUCUGAGCAGCCCCUGUAAGCACAGCUUCACUCCCACAAAAUCCACCAAAUCCCCCUUAUUCUCCACUCCAGAUACAACCACGUUCUCCAGCCCAGAGACGGCAGAGUAUUCCAUGUGCACGACUGUCCAGGGGGCAGCUCCAGCUUCUGAAUGUAAGACCCACAGGCAAUUAGCUUCCAAGAAAAAAGUCAAUAGUCUAGAAAGUAACUUGCCUGGCUCUCCCUGUUCUUCACCCCUCUCUUUGCUAAAUGCAAACCCCAAAAGAAACUGUGGAACAAAAUCCGGGCCGAGCUGGGAAGGCCCUGAGUCUGCCAGUUCUUUUGCAUCCAGUGACCUCGUCUUUGAGGAGAUGCUGGUGGACCCUGUCCCUGGUGAGAACUCGGACAGCAGCAGCCUCGUGGAAGUCGAUGGGGACUCCCAGGAUCUCCUGGUAACUGCCUGUGAGUACAGGAGGGAGGACAUGAGCCAGCUGGCUUCUCCUUUGAGACUGAGGCAGAGGCAGGACACCGGGCAGGGCGGUGAGAGGACCUCUGGGAACAGCAUGGCUGUUGGGCUCUGUGCUGCUGCCCGCGCCUCCUCAGACACCUUCCGGACUGCAGGGAGCCAGCUCCCUCUUGCUACGUGUGCAGGUGCCGGGGUGUUGUGCCCCACUCACUCAGAUAAGCAGCCAAACGUCCCGUGUGCCCCCGAGAGGUGCCAGCUCAGCACGGCCCCCCCGCUGCUGCCGAGCGCUCUGCCCUUCCCCCCUCACCCCGCCAUCCAGCAGAGCAGCCCCUGCAAGUCCAAGAGCCUGGGAGACCUGACGUCGGAGGACAUCUCCUGCAACUUCGAGAGUAAGUACCAGUACAUCAGCAGGAGCUUCAUCUCCUCGGGCAUGAGGGACAAGAAGCUGGCUGCCAUGAGGAGCCUGCGGCCGCGCUCGGCGGACGCGCUGACGGAGCGGCUGCGGGAGCUGCUGUCCCCGGAGCAGGACGAGCCCCGGCCCGGCCCGGGCCAGCUGGACGACGACUGUCCCCGGGCCCUGGUCAGGAAACUGUCGUCGCGCAGCCAGAGCCGCGUGCGCAACAUCGCCAGCCGUGCCCGCGAGAGGCAGGAGGCCAGCAGGCACAGAGCCCCCGCCGCCGGCACCAGCACCGGCGUGGUGCUGAGGAACAGGCCCUCGGCGUCCCCACACGUGGCCAACAGGCACUCCACGGGCUCCUACAUCGCCAGGUACCUGGGCAGCUUCCCCGGGGAGCCCGUGGAGGGCCGGGGCGUGCCCGAGGGCUCGUGCUCGGCUCUGCACCUGGGCUGCACCGACCGCUUCUACCAGCACGACUCGGUCCUGCAGCUGCAGCCCAGCCCCGAGGACCAGCCCGAGAUCUACUUCCUGCUCAGGCUGUAGGCUGCAUCCCUGUACAUCCCCAGUUUACAGACUGCUUCACUGAAAUGAAGGAUUUGUAGUGAGAAACACUCUUUGGAGCGUUUAAAUUAUUUAGAAAUGCAAUUUCAUGCUGCUGAUUCGGCCGCGAUUGAACGUGCCCUUUCCUGUCGGAGCUGAUGUAAAUAGAGCCACGUUCCACCCUUAGGGAUGCCUUGCUGUGAUCCCCGAGCGAUGAGGCUGGGGCUGUGCAUGCAGUGAGUGUUUGUAGCAUUCUGUGUCUGUGAUGCUGAAAGCUGACAGUGCAGCGAAUGCAAUGGCAUCGUGUUCCUCAUGUCCUGUCCCCCUGGCUGGAAAACACUUGUGGUGAUCCCUUUCUGGCCU